AACUGUUUUUUUUUUGGGGGGGGGGAAUUCGGCUCCUCCCAUGAUCUACACCUCUCCUCCUACAUCUCUUCCUCCCCUGCCAUUGAAUUUCGAUGCACGGUAAGCAUCGGCUUUGUUGCUCAGCUAGGACUCCAGCCCUGUCAGUUUUGCUCCGUCUCCUAGCUCUCCUGUGGCAAUUAGUUUUACCCAGGCCAAAGCCGAACGCUGUAAAUCAUCUCUCUGGAUUCUGAAGGACCUUGUCUCCACCUGUCCCACUGCGGUGUGUGCACUGGGAUGGGUGGUAGAGAGGUUGCCCGCUCUUAACCUCACUGUGAGCAGCUAAGAUAAAAAGGGGCUGAAAACUUGUGGUAGUCUGUAUGAGAAAAGGAGGCUGUCGAGUUUGAGUGCUUUAAAACUGUCUGUAGCUGGACUCCAUCCCUCACUGUCCUCCAGGCUAGCUCAGGCUAGCCCAUGCGCUUCUGGAGUGAGAACGUGGUAACACCACCUUGGUUAAUUCAGGAAGGAGGGAUAGAAAUGGAUAGGGAGAGUCUGGAGUCCGCUUUGUGGGUUUUCUUAGGUACUGGCAACUUUCUAUCUUCUCUCCUGAUUCUGGCAUGGGUGAAGUGAGGUAUGGGGUAAUGUUUUACAAGUGGUGUCAAGGAAAGUCUCCCAAGUUCUGGACUCAGAAGCUAAUAGAAUUUUUAACUCUCACCGGUUCCUAGUCGCUCCACCACAGCGUCCUCAUGACUGCAAGUUCGUUAGUACCGUUGGGUGUGAUAAUGGGUGUGACUGAUGUAGAAGAUUAAGACUCAUGAGUUUUCUCCUAUCUGAUGUUUAAUUGGAUCAUGAGACGUGCUAUCUGUUCCUUAUAGAGAGCCCACCAGAGCUCCUGCUCAUUGGCAAACUGCUCAGUCUCAGGAUGGGAAUUUCUUUCAGAGUAGACCUCUGUUCACCCUCUUGGCUGUCCGGCCUCUGUGGAUAGGCUCUUUCAUAACUUGAGUUUCUGCCGCAGCUUGAGCAGGAAGGAAUUUGGACAUUCAUUUGGGUAGUCUGAGAAAGAGGACGAGCUGUGAAGCCAAGGUAUGGGAUUCAGCCUGCAUCUGUCCAUAGAACAAAGCAUCUGAGCCGGGGAAUGGCUCAGUGGGUGAAAUGCUUGCUGGGUCUAGAUUCCCAGGACCCGUGAAAAGCCGGGUAUGUGAUGGAACACAUCCCCAACAUGGGGAAGUGAACGCAGGCAGAUCCGGGAGUUUGCUAGCAAGCAUUCGAACUGGAACAGGGAGCUCCAGGGUCAGUGAGCGAUUGUCUCACACAUAUGAGAGCAGUACACACACACACACACACACACACACACACACACACACACACACAUGUGUCCAGGCAUGCACAUGCAUAGAAGAGAUCAUCUCAUGAGCAUGAGGUAAGAGAUGGAUAAGGAGAAUGGGUUAGUGGUAGACUUGCAAAGGAAGAAGUAACCCACUGAUUUCUGUUUUAUAGGGUGUGGGGCCAUGCUUGUGGACUUUGCUGAUCUCUGAUGUAAAAACCUCCACCAGAGCUGAGGAAGCUCAAGUCUCAGCGUAAGGCAUGGGCCAGGGGGCCAUGGUGACCUGAGACCAGUGGAUUCUGUCCAUUGCAACCUGUUGCUCCUUCUGCCUUCCCUAUCCUAUACUGAAAGGGCUUGUGUCCAUCUCAUCAGGGAACUGACCCUAAGAGAAUCCCUUUCCUGUAUUUUUCUAUUCUUCUGCCCUACCAAGACCAUUGCAGCCCAGAGCUCCUACCUCCCAUCUCCUGAGGUGGUCCCCGCCGCUUCCUCCUUUCUCCUCGCCAUGCUCCAGCUGUGGAAGGUGGUACGCCCUGCCCGGCAGCUGGAGCUGCACCGCCUCAUACUGCUGCUGAUAGGCUUCAGUCUUGUCUCCAUGGGGUUCCUGGCUUACUAUGUGUCCACCAGCCCCAAGGCCAAGGAACCCUUGCCUCUGCCCUUGGGAGACUGUAGCAGUGGGGCAGCUGGCCCUGGCCCUGUACGGCCACCAGUCCCACCUCGACCCCCUAGGCCUCCAGAAACAACCCGAACGGAACCCGUGGUCCUUGUGUUUGUGGAAAGUGCAUACUCACAAUUGGGCCAGGAGAUUGUGGCCAUUUUGGAGUCUAGUCGUUUUCGUUAUAGCACUGAGCUAGCACCUGGCCGAGGGGAUAUGCCCACGUUGACUGAUCAUACCCAUGGCCGCUAUGUCUUGUUCAUCUAUGAAAACCUUCUGAAGUAUGUCAACUUGGAUUCCUGGAGUCGAGAACUGCUGGACCGGUACUGUGUGGAGUAUGGUGUAGGCAUCAUUGGCUUCUUCCGAGCCCAUGAACAUAGCCUACUGAGCGCCCAGCUUAAGGGCUUUCCCCUUUUUCUAUACUCAAAUUUGGGGCUUCGGGACUACCAAGUGAAUCCUUCAGCCCCACUACUGCAUCUCACCCGCCCCAGCCGCUUGGAGCCGGGCCCUCUGCCUGGUGACGACUGGACCAUCUUCCAGUCCAAUCACAGCACCUACGAGCCAGUGCUCCUUGCCAGCCAUCGGCCAGCUGAGCCCCCUGUGCCAGGACCGGUGCUUCGGCGGGCCCGGCUCCCCACUGUGGUCCAGGACUUGGGGCUUCAUGAUGGCAUUCAGCGGGUGCUGUUUGGACACGGCCUUUCUUUCUGGCUUCAUAAACUUGUUUUUGUUGACGCUGUGGCAUACCUCACUGGGAAGCGCCUCUGCCUUGACCUUGACCGCUACAUCUUAGUGGACAUCGAUGACAUCUUUGUGGGCAAAGAAGGUACUCGCAUGAAGGUGGCUGAUGUUGAGGCUCUGUUGACCACCCAGAACAAACUCAGGACCUUAGUUCCCAACUUUACCUUCAACCUGGGCUUCUCGGGCAAGUUCUACCAUACUGGGACCGAAGAGGAGGAUGCAGGGGACGACAUGCUGCUGAAGCACCGCCAGGAGUUCUGGUGGUUUCCUCACAUGUGGAGCCACAUGCAGCCACACCUCUUCCACAACCGCUCUGUGCUGGCUGACCAGAUGAGGCUCAACAGACAGUUUGCUUUGGAGCAUGGGAUUCCUACUGAUCUGGGAUAUGCUGUGGCCCCCCACCACUCGGGCGUGUACCCCAUCCACACGCAGCUCUAUGAGGCCUGGAAAUCUGUAUGGGGCAUCCAGGUGACCAGCACUGAGGAGUAUCCUCAUCUCCGCCCUGCCCGCUACCGCCGUGGCUUCAUUCACAAUGGCAUCAUGGUGCUCCCCCGGCAAACAUGUGGCCUCUUCACCCACACGAUCUUCUAUAAUGAGUAUCCUGGAGGUUCUCGUGAGCUAGAUCGGAGCAUCCGAGGUGGAGAGCUCUUCCUGACAGUGCUGCUUAAUCCGAUCAGCGUCUUUAUGACCCAUCUAUCCAACUACGGAAACGACCGUCUGGGCUUGUAUACCUUUGAGAGCCUGGUGCGCUUCCUCCAGUGCUGGACGCGACUGCGCCUGCAGACCCUUCCUCCUGUCCCUCUUGCACGAAAGUACUUUGAACUUUUCCCUCAGGAGCGAAACCCCCUUUGGCAGAACCCCUGUGAUGACAAGAGGCACAAAGAUAUCUGGUCCAAGGAGAAAACCUGUGAUCGUCUCCCCAAGUUCCUCAUUGUGGGACCACAGAAGACAGGCACCACCGCUGUUCACUUCUUCCUGAGCCUGCACCCAGCUGUGACAAGCAGCUUUCCCAGCCCCAGCACCUUUGAGGAGAUUCAGUUCUUCAAUGGCCCUAAUUACCACAAGGGUAUUGACUGGUACAUGGACUUCUUCCCUGUCCCUUCCAAUGCCAGCACCGACUUCCUCUUUGAAAAAAGUGCCACCUACUUUGACUCAGAGGUUGUACCACGGCGGGGGGCUGCCCUUUUACCAAGAGCCAAGAUCAUCACCGUGCUCAGCAACCCUGCUGACAGGGCCUACUCCUGGUACCAGCACCAGCGAGCACAUGGAGACCCAGUUGCUUUGAACUAUACGUUCUACCAAGUGAUUUCAGCCUCCUCUCAGGCCCCCCUGGUACUGCGCUCCUUGCAGAACCGUUGUCUCGUUCCUGGCUACUAUUCUACCCAUCUGCAACGCUGGCUGACUUACUAUCCCUCUGGACAGUUGCUGAUUGUGGAUGGGCAGGAGCUUCGUAUCAACCCAGCAGCCUCAAUGGAGAUCAUCCAGAAGUUCUUGGGUAUCACCCCCUUUCUGAACUACACGAGGACCCUCAGGUUUGAUGAAGAUAAAGGAUUCUGGUGCCAGGGACUUGAAGGUGGUAAGACUCGUUGCCUGGGGAAAAGCAAAGGCCGGAGAUACCCAGACAUGGACCUGGAGUCUCGCCUUUUCCUUACCAACUUUUUCCGGAACCAUAAUUUGGAACUAUCAAAGCUGCUGAGCCGGCUUGGACAGCCAGCCCCCUUGUGGCUUCGGGAAGAAUUGCAGCAUUCCAGUGUGGGCUGAUGCCCCCGCCUUCCCAUACCAGCAAAAAGCCUGCUGCUUCACUGAGGGGCAAGCCUUACUUAGAGCAGGGCCCACAAGGGGGAUUAGCGUGGCCUGGCCCGUUACCCCUCUACCUCAGUGCCCCCCCCCCCACUGGAAUGGCUGAAAAGGGCAUCCAUCAUCCCUUUCCCGUAGUUUGGGGGCUUCCCUUGGUACCCUGUACUAGGUACCUUUGACCUAUGAACCUGGGAGGUGAGGAAGAGAGGGUCCAGGGAGGGGGGUAGAAGAAUGUAUUAAUUCGGUGAUUUCCCUCUUCAUCCCUAGCAGUUUAUCUGUCUAUGCGUACCCAUGAGAGGGCCCUUUAAUCAGACAGUGGGAUCUACCUGUGGCCUGGCCUCCCUAGUGUCAUUCACAUUGAAUGGGGAUGAGGUCGGACAGUUGCUCAUAGAGCUGAAUAUGAGCCCCAGCUGUGGGCUAGAAAUGUCCUUAAUAAACAUCCUUAUUUUUCUGUUU